UUUAAUUACCGAUUUAAGCUGAUGAAUUUGACGGAAUUUGACACCACUGCCAUCGAAAGCGAAAACAAAUCUUCGUUGUUUUUCGACUGAUCCAAAGUUGACUAGGCAAUUACUGAGCCAAACCAAUUAAUUCCAACGUUUCCUUGCUUAAUUCUAAAAAAAUAAUGAACACCCUUGUUGUGAACGCUGUUUUUGAGAUGUCUUUUGUCGGUGAGCAGACCGCCGCUGACCACCACUGCUGUUGUUCGUAGAUAAGGCCACCUUCUGCGUGUUAUGGCUUUCUAAAAAGGUUCCAGUUUCCACCCCUUGACACGAGGGGUGGUUCUUCCGUGGUUGGUGCCAAAAAGCAGAUCAAUUUCUCCCUUCUUGGAAUAUUAUGCAAAUAAAAAUGGACCGCACAAAUCUGUAAACGAUGACUGAAGAAUCGUGGUGAAGUUGAGCUGAGGAAUUUGCCAAUAAAUUUUUAAACAAGAAGAAAUGGCCGAAGGGCCCGAGUGCAGCCGACGGUGCCGCUGGCAGGGGCACGCGGCCUCGGCGAUUGCGGCCGUGGUGAGGGGUUCGGAGGAGGAGGCCGUCGCCUACCUUCGCUGGCUGUGCCACCGACCGGGACAGGUGCUGGACGCAGAAGGCCGCUCAGCCCUGCACGUGGCCGCCUCCAAGGGCCGCCGCAGGGUGGCCGAGUGGCUGGUGAAGCACAAGGAGGCGCAGGUCAACCUCAGAGACCUCGAGUCAGGCUACACGCCCCUCCACCGCAGCCUCUUCUACGGCCAGGUGGACGUCGCCGUCGCCCUCAUUCAGAUGGGCGCCAACCCGUUGAUGGUGGACAAGGAGGACAUGACCCCGAUUGACCUGGCCAUGAAGAGCAGACCCUCGAUUGUUGAGUACACCAAGAGCGGCCCUUGCGAGGCCUAUGUCUGGGGCACCAAUGCCAACUUCAACCUGGGCAUUGGCAACCAGCAGAGCAAGGCUGUGCCUGAGUUGGUCGAGCACUUCCGCAGGGGCGGCGUCAACAUCAAACAGGUCUCGAUGAACAUGUACCACUCGGUGUUUGUCAGCGACGCUGGCCGCGUUUUCUCCUGCGGCCACGGACAAGGCGGCCGCCUUGGUCAGGAUUCAGAGAAGCCCUCGUUGGUGCCGCAGCUGAUGAAACUGACCGCCACCGAAAUUUGCAGCCAGGUUGCGGUCGGAAUGGACCACACUGUCCUCCUCAUGGAGAACGGAAAUGUGAUGACCUGCGGCUCGAACGAGUACCACCAGCUUGGCCAGAGUGGAGGUGGACCUCCGAAGCAGCUGCUGUCCCCAAGGUGCCUGGGCAUGAAAAGUCUGCCCGUCCACAAGGUGCUGGGCGUCUGCGCCGGAAGGUAUCACACAGUCCUCUGGUCCAGCAAGGGCAUCGCCACCUGCGGACUGAACGCUGGGCAACUCGGCCACCCUAAAGCGGACAGGCAACCAACAGUCAUGUUUCCAAAACUUAUCAUGGCACCAGCUCUGCAGUUCAAGCCUGAUGAGGACAACUCCAUCACUCAGGUGGCUUCCAGUGACGCUGCCCUGGUUGUCGCUCUGAAAAAGGGCGUCAUUUGUCUUGUUCAUGAGUACAAGUGCAAGAAAAUUGCAUACAGAAUGCCAGGUGUGGUGAAGGUGGCGGUGUCAGGUGGACACCUGGAUGCCAAUGUGGAGCAGAACAACGAGGAUCUCCGAGUCUGUGUGCUAAACAACAUGGGCAAGUUGUUCAUCUGGCAGCAACCUGACCAACAAAUGUCUCGGUGUUCUCUCCAACUGAAGCGCCAGCUGAUUGUUACGGACUUUGUUUUGACCAACCAGCACCUGCUGUUUUUGACUUCUGAUUGUGAGGCUUUCGAAGGAUUCUUCAAGCAGAAGAAGAAAUUUGAAGGAGACGUCGAGUGCGAGGUGGUUAAGACAAAGCGCCUGCCAAACAUCCACAGAGCUGUGGCCAUCAGCUGUGACCCCAGAGGUCGCAACUUUGCAGUCAUCCAGGGUCAUCCAAAAACCGCGCUUCUGGAAGUGCCGCAAAUGGAGUCUCGAGACAUGAGUGAGCAAAUGAAAACGCUCCUCGACGAAGCGUCCGAAGAAGAUUCAAUCCAUGAUGUUGUUUUCUUGGUUGGAUUGCGGAGAUUUGCAGCCCACCAGUGCAUCAUCAGCGCCCGCAGUGACAUUCUUGCCACGCUGAUCCAAGAACAGAAAUCGGCAGACACAGAGGAUGUGCCGGAGAUCCUCGUUCUCAACACAAGCCCAGAGAUAUUUGAGCAAAUUCUUCAGUUUAUCUACACCAACAAGUGCAGCCUGCUGACAAGAGGCCCUUGCAACGUCAAGAUUGACGAAAACAUAUCUAGUUCAAAGAAAAGGACUGAACCAAAAUCACCCUCACCUGAGUUGAAUUUCGACCCGAAAAAAGUCUCGGCUUUCGAAGCGUAUAAAACUCAGCCAGGGACAAGCAAGAAGAAAAAGAACAAAGCCCCAAAUCAAAAGAAAAACUACGAUGAUCCAAUGAAAAUUGUUGCUGCGGCAGCCAGAGCGUUUGGCCUGCCCUCUCUAAGCAAAGCUCUAGAUUCCUACCAGCUCAAGGAUGGCCUGGUCAUGAUUAAAAUUGGGCACGAACCCUACCAACCCGCAGCCCUGAGCUUCGACCGAACCAAGAUGAUGCACUUGUGUGAUGCAACCGUAAUAAGUUUGGAGGGAGAUGAGAUCCAGGCCCACAGAAGUGUGUUGGCCGCUCGGCUCGAGUACUUCCACAGCAUGUUUGCCCACGGCUGGGCAGAGUCAAGCCGCAGUUCCGUGCUGAAGAUGGCGCUUCCGACUGUGGUGCUGGACGUCCUGUUGGACUUUUUGUACUCGGACGAGGCGCCAAAGGUGUUCGGUGACGCCGAACUGGCCAGAACCAUGCUGGUGGUGGCUGACCAAAUGUUUGUCGAGAGGCUGAAGGAGGCGUGUGAGUGCGCCUUGGUUGCCUCCCUCACCCUGAAAAACGCCGCCGAACUGCUGCAACUCGCUUCCACGUACAACGCCGCCCAGUUGAAACUCAGCUGCAUGCAGUACAUUUCCUUCAACCUGCCUGUCUUCAUCGAGUCGAGGGGUUUGGAUGAGGUUGAGUGGGAGGUUUUGGAGGAGUUGGCAAAAUACCACCGCGAAAUAACCCCAGACAUGUGCAGAAGGACCAUCACCCCGUACUCAAUCGGCCCCUCCAGUGACGAACUGGAAUUCAUUUCCACUCAUUUUCCAAUUGAUUUGGACGGCGCCUCUCUCAUUAAAUCCAAAGAAGGAAACGAUUUUGAAAUCAAAAAGCAGAAAUCAAAGCCAAAGCGAAACAGGAUGAGGAGGAUCAGUUCGGGUGAAUUUAACAGAAAUAGAAAAGAUUCUGUUGGUUCGAAUGCGUCGGACAUUUCUGUUGAUCUGGAGAAGGACGUUCAGCCCCUGGAGGAUGAGCUUGUUGAAGAAAUCAUUACUUUGAACAGAGUCGAGCCGGUUGUGGUGGAAAAACCUGUGGAAAAGCCAGCAGUUGUGAAGGACGGAGGAUCUGCUUGGAGUAACAUGUUUCCCGUUUUGGAAACUUCUCUCUCCAAUCUAGAUUUGGGUGGAAUCAAACCCAAAGUGAGCAGCGAGGUAAAGAACAACAUAAAGAAGCUUUCGCAAAAGCAGAGAAAGAGGCUGUCAUCUGAGUCAGGCAAGGAGCCAGUUUUGCCCAAAACCCCGACGUCCCCCAUCUCCCCCUGGAGCAAACAUCCAGCCAGUCCAAGCAGCAGCCUCGGCGACAUCAUCAAAGAGGAGAAGAAAAAUGCUUGGAGCAAGCCUGAGAAGUCCAUCAAAGGGGCCGUCGCCAUCCCCUCCUCCAGCCGCCAGACUUGCCAUCCCUGUCCAUCGUCUCCACAGAGCCCGCCUGGGCCAGCUUGGGUGUUUUCUCGGAGCCCAGGGGAGGCCAGUCUGUCGGCCAUCGUCAAGGACCAGCAGCAGCAGAAGGAGAACCUGCGCCGAGUGAAGGCCAAGCCGCUGCACCUCACCCAAAUCGAGGACCAGGCCAUCCAGGAGCUGCUUGCCUUCUACUCGGCCGCAGACAACAAGUACGAGCGGAUCACAGUGCGCCGCGCCGACUCGGGUGCCGUCGCCGCACCCACCUGGGUCUCUUCUACUCGUUAGAUUAAAUUUCCCGACCCUCAAAUUGCUGUAAUCGAAUGGACUGUUGGACGGCCUUGCGUGGAAUUUGGAAAAUGUUCUUAUUGGAAAAUUGUAUUUCUUAAUUAAUUAAUUUGUAUCAAUUUUUAUUUAUUGUUUAUGAGGAAAAAGAAAGUGUUCAGCAAACUUAUGAAUAAAUGUCAACUAGAAGCACAAAGUGAAA